CAAUUUUAAACUGCUUGGGACACUUCCCCCACAGUUACGGAACGCUUAACGAUGUUCUCAACAUUCUACAACUUCUAGCUAGAAAAUUUAUUUGAAAACCAACUUUUUUGCAGCAUAGGAUUGCUAUGAUCGGGGAAAACUCGAACUGUUUGUCUUUUAUUGGGAAAUGGUUAAAAAAUGAGACGGAAACAUAUCAACAAUUGGUUGUUAACUUCUAUCCCUAUGAAAAAUCUCUUCAACUUUUUGAUCUGCGUACAAAAAAAAUAUUGCUGCAUAAAACAAAGAUAGAAGAUCUUUUGCUAUGCGACUUUUUCAUUGGCGCAAAACUUCUUAUUUUUGGCAAACAAAUUGAUAUAAUCGAUUAUGGAGACCAUCAUACUAAACUCAAAUGUGGAAGUGAACAAUGCACAUUCAGUAUGAUUCAUUCAGAAGCGUUGCAGCACAUCGGAGACAUUUUACAAGCUAUCUCGGAGAAUGACUUGAGCAUACGAAAGUUAAAAUUGCUCAAAAUUGACGAAAAUUAUUCGUGGAUUCUGAAAAACAUUCGAUCGGAGCAACCUGAACUGUCUUACUUCAUCGACAAUAUACCAUCAAAUUCGUUUGUUGCUAUGGAAGUAACAGGAAAUAAUUCCUACGAACGUUUUAAGGAACUCUGUGGGUCGAAUGAUUCAAAUGGAGCAAUGACUACUGCUCCAGCUACUUUGAGAGCUCUUUAUGGAAAUGGAAUUUAUUGUCCUGUCAAUGCUUCAAAUAUGGAGUCCAAGUUUGUCUUUGGCAACAACAGUGUCAGGUUAUGCCUAAAAUCAUUAGCUCUUUUCAAAAAUAGUACUUUGUGUAUCAUAAAGCCACACGCUGUACGACAAGGAUUAAGUGGACACAUAAUAUCGCAAAUUUUGGAGAAAGGUUUCACAAUAUCUGCAAUGAAGAUGUUCCGAUUCGAAAGGGCAAAUUGCGAAGAAUUCAUGGAAGUCUACAAAGAAGUUGUUCAAGAAUUUGAGUCCAUGGUAAUGCAAAUGAUAAGCGGCGAUUUACUUGCAAUUGAGAUAUCCAAUAAAUACGAGAAUGCAUGUAGUACUCAACAAACCUUUCGAGAUUUUUGUGGACCUAUAUGUCCGGAAGUAGCUCGGAUAACGAGACCGCACACGCUGCGCGCUAAAUUUGGACAAAAUAAAAUUAUGAACGCAAUUCAUUGUACCGAUUUGGAGGAAGACACAAACUUGGAACUUGAAUAUAUUUUUAAAUUUCUCCCAUAAACCAUAUAUACAGAAGAAAUUGAAUAAAAAUUCGUCAUCUUAAUUGGCGCCAACAUA